CACGACGUUCAUCUCAUCACCCUCAUUCUACAGACGACAAGACGACUACCGAGCGAAGGAGCUUACAGGCCUACUCAUCGACGUCCAUCUCACACACUCAGCGGCAUCGCAGCACGCGCGAACCAAUCCUCCAAUUGGCGACUUGUCGACACCCAAGACCCAACACUGAACAUAGUACGGCCGGGGCCUCCAUUCCCAUCGCACAACGACCGCAUCUUCUGAUUGCGCUCGAGGACGUCGCACUACACUACACGGCAGCAUCGGCGCGCUGAGCCUCCCGACUGACGGCUCAUACUUGUUGGGCGCCCACCUCCUGCCCCUGGUGCUACCUCGUGGAACACGGCCACAGGCCGUCCUUCGUCCUCAUGCUCGCCUGAGCGUCAAUUCCACACUGCGGCUGUACAUCUUGAGAAUCACAAACCGGAGCCUCGCUGGUCGACAUGGCUCCUCAGCAACUCCGCAACGUGGCCGCGGGCUUCUCGAGGCUCUUCAAGCGCAUCGAGAUACCGCUCACGCCUACUUCACCCCCAGGGCUUGUCCAGGCCAAUACUGUUGAUCCCUGGAUUGACUCGGGAAAAUAUGCGCUGGGAUGGACAUACUUUGCGCUCGCGCUCGUGGGGUGCGUUCUCAUCGUCAGGGUAUGGCAUUUCUGGCAGGACAAAAUUCGCCAGGCAAUCUACAAGCAGGAAGUCGAGGAGCAUUACCGAAAUUUAUACAACAUCGACCCAGAAUUCGCCCUAGCCGCGAUGCGAUCCGGACAAACGGCGCAGCAUUUCUUUCCCGAGGGCGCAGAAGGGCAGGAAAAGUCAUUCCGACCCAAGGCGCACGGCUCUUCUGUGGGCAUCGUCAACGACGCCCUCGCUCUUUUCCGAUGGGUGUUUUAUAGACCCAUUCCGGACCUGGUGUUGAGGAAACAUCGGUUGGUGUUUUCUUCACUCGCAGUGCUGACCUGCGUGGUCAUCGCCACCGCAUUUGUCACCCUCUAUACAUUUCUGCAGCAGCCACUAUAUUGGGAGAGCAUCCAAUUCGGGUCGCCUCCUGUCGCGAUUCGGUCGGGCAUGUUGGCUGUUGCAUUGACGCCCUGGAUUAUUGCGACAAGCAUGAAGGCGAACAUACUGUCCUAUAUCAUCGGCAUCGGACCGGAGCGACUCAACGUAUUCCAUCGAUGGUUGGCAUACAUCUGUCUGUUCCUUUCAUUGGUGCACACGAUACCGUUUUACAUCCAGCCUGUGUGGGACGACGGUGGUAUGGAGGUCUUUCAGCGCCUUUUCAAAGGUGGAAGUGGACUGAUCUACGGCACAGGCAUUGCCUGUCUUGUGCCGUUAGUCUGGCUCUGCGUCGCGUCUCUGCCCUGGAUCCGUCGCGUGGCCUACGAAGCCUUUGUCUUGCUGCACAUCCCCGUAGCAGCAGUCUACAUCGGACUUCUGUUCUGGCACACCAAGAACUAUCUCAUGUCUUGGGCCUACCUCUACACCAGCGCGGCCAUUUGGGUUAUAUGCUACGCUAUUCGCUUCUUCAAGCUCAACUGGACGAAACCGUGGCGCAGCAUGGCUUUUAUGGUGGGUGACGAGGCCGCUGUCACCCUCAUGGCUGAGAACGCCAUCAAAGUCACCGUUCCGACGCAGAUGCGCUGGAAGCCGGGGCAGUUUGUCUACCUGCGCAUGCCGGGCAUUUCGUUCUUUGACAACCACCCGUUCACGAUAUCGUCUCUGUGCAGCGAUGACUUCCCGUCGCAGUAUGGCGAGCAGUACCGCGACUGCACCAUCGUCUUCAAGCCGUAUGGCGGAUUUACCCGGCGCGUUCUCGAGACAGCUAUUGAGAAGGGACCUUUCCACACGUACCGAGCCUUCCUUGAUGGACCGUACGGCGGCAUGCGCCGCGACCUUGCUGCCUUUGACACCUGCCUCCUCAUUGCUGGCGGCAGUGGUAUCACGGCGCUCAUGAGUCAGCUGCUGAACCUGAUCAAACGCAUGCGCGACGGCAAGGCCAUCACACGCAAGAUUGUGGUGGUUUGGGCCAUCAAGCGACUGGAAGCCAUGGACUGGUUCCGCGAAGAGUUGCGCAUUUGCCGCGAGUCUGCGCCCCCUGAGAGUGUGACCUGCAAGAUCUUUGUCACGUCGGCCGUCAGGCAACGCCCGGGCCAGGAGAUCAAAUCCAACGUAGCGCAUCACCGCGCUCUGACGCAUGCGUUCCACGAUAAGCUAGACGGCUUCGUCGCAGGUGUCGCGUCGAAGCGCAACUCGGCCAUGAUCCAGAGCGAAGCGCAAGGCAACCCAGACAGGGAACGGGAGCUGAGGGAGGAGAACGAGGACCGCAUCACAGCCCUGCCGCAGCAGCAGUACAUGCAACCUCACAACAUCCCUCCUCCCCCACCUGGGCCACCGCCCAAUAAUAACAAACUAAUAUCACCCAUUGAGGACAACAAGACUGCCCAACAAUGGCAGGACUACCCGGAGGACAAGAAGAACCUCGAGGGCGAGUUCCACUUCCCUCCUAUGAAAAACGAGCACCCACCUCACUUCAACUGCGCACCGAGCUCGCCGCGUCACCCACCACCUGAAUUCACCCAAACACCGACGGAGGAGCAGUUCCCUGUGCGGGCACCAGAACUGGCUCACUUGAGGACGAACAUUCCACCUGCAGGCGACCGCCAGCGUCCGACAUCGACGUUUGGCCCACCGUCCGGCUUUGACUUUGGCUUUCCCGAAACGCCGACUGAAUUCCAGAAGAACCUCAUGCGGUUUGCUUUCCCCGUGCCGCACCAGAUAGACGGCGGCUGGAGUGUGGAGUAUGGCCGACCCGAUCUAGGCUACAUGCUCAAGGAAUGGGCCGCCGGUGGCGCCGACGGACGGGGCAUCCUGGGCAGGCGGACGGCCGUCUUUGUCUGCGGGCCGGCCGCGAUGCGGACAGGUGUCGCCGAGACGGUCGCGAGGCUGCAAGCAGAGAUUUGGGGGGAUGAUGAGUUGGAGGAGAUCUUCCUGCAUACGGAGAACUAUGCGCUAUAAUUGGGUUUAUUAUAUCACAGCGAGUCGCAGCAUACAAUGUAUUCCUUUGAUUUCUUUCAACUUCCUUACGUCCACAAAGAUUGCGCAAGCCUCACUCGCCUCACUCGCGGGGUUUGUCAUGUGCAGGGAAAUGAUGGUGAUUCACGCCUCGACCCAAGUCAGUUGAGGUCAGGCAGCGGGGUGGUCAGUUGCCCCUCCAGAUCCAUCAGACGAACCUUGAACAGUAUUUGCCAAGUUAAGGGGACCAAUGCAUGGCUCAGUCUCCACCGACUGACUGUUCCGUUGCGAAUUUGCGAUUACGCUGGAUC